AAAUGCGUGUCACAAACCUUUCGUUGUUUAAAUAAUUUUAUCCUAUUUUAUUUUAUUUCAUUUUAGCCUUUGAGCGCUUUAGUCCUUUAAAAAGCUGCGCUUCCGGGAGUGGGAGGGGACUGUUGCUAUGAUUACAGUAAACUCCUGGGUUUAAUAUGAAUGUGUGGAGAAAACUCGUGAUAAUCUCAAUCUAAAAAAAAAAAGUGAGAGAAAGAGAGAGAGCACGAAAGAGAGAGAAGUUUACUUAAUAUUAACAAGUCACAGUUCAGGAUUCAUGAUGGAGAUUGUGUACGUGUACACUAAGAAACGCAGCGAGUUUGGUCGCCAGUGUAACUUCUCGGACCGGCCAGCUGAGCUUCAUGUGGAUAUUCUGCCUGACCCAUCUCUCGCUGCUGACUUUAUAGCCCGAGAUCCAUGUGAUGUAGCCAUACAGUGCACGCAGGAAAUGUCUGAGCAUGAGGUGAACACAGAGCGCUUUGAGUCUGAGACAUGUGGCAUAAACCAUGUGGAGGGGGGGUGGCCAAAAGAUGUCAAUCCCCAAGAAAUGGAACAGACCAUUCGCUACAGGAAGAAAGUGGAGAAGGAUGAGAACUAUGUGAACACCAUCAUGCAGCUUGGGAGUCACAUGGAGGACUGUAUCAGACAGAACAAUGCCAUUGAUAUCUAUCAGGAGUACUUUGAGGAAGAGGAGGUAGUAGAGGAGACGGAGGAGCAGCCCUCGGCCAAAACCAUCAAUGUGUUCAGAGACCCGAAUGAGGUGAAACGCACUGCUACCAGUCUGUCAUGGCACCCUGAUGGCGGCCGCAAGCUUGCUGUGGCUUACUCCUGUUUAGAGUUUCAGAAAUUCAGCAAAAACAUGUGUUACGACUCCUAUAUUUGGGACAUUGAGAAUCCGAAUAAACCUGAGCUGACCCUGAAAUCUGCCUCUCCACUGGUCUCUCUGGAGUAUAACCCCAAAGACUCGCAUAUCCUAGUCGGUGGAAGCUACAAUGGCCAAAUUGCAUACUGGGACACACGUAAAGGCAGCCAGCCGGUUGAGAUGACUGCCAUUGAGCACAGCCAUAGAGACCCGGUGUAUAAAGUCAUUUGGCUGCAGUCAAAGACAGGCACAGACUUCUUCUCAGCUUCCACUGAUGGUCAGGUGUUGUGGUGGGAUGUUCGGAAGAUGAGUGAGCCCACAGAAAGGCUGGUGCUGGACCCCAGCAAGAAGGGGAAGCUGGAAAACGCACUGGGUGCCAUCUCACUGGAGUUUGAAACCACCAUGCCCACAAAGUUCAUGGUUGGGACGGAACAGGGGCUGGUGGUCUCAUGCAACCGGAAAGCCAAAACUCCAGGAGAGAAGAUUGUAUGCACGUAUAGUGGCCAUCAUGGGCCUAUAUACGCUCUGCAGAGGAACCCGUUCUUUCCUAAGAACUUCCUGACCGUGGCUGACUGGACCGCUCGUAUUUGGUCUGAGGACAUUAGAGAAUCCUCCAUCAUGUGGACAAAAUAUCACAUGGCCUACCUGUCAGAUGGAUGUUGGAGCCCUGUUAGACCUUCAGUCUUCUUCACUGUCAAAAUGGAUGGCACUUUAGACGUAUGGGACUUCCUGUUCAAGCAGAAUGACCCAACACUCACUCUAAAAGUGUGUGACGAGGCUCUGUACAGCAUGCGUGUGCAGGAUAACGGCCGUUUUCUGGCGUGUGGCUCACAGCUGGGCACUGCUACUCUCCUCGAGAUCUCAUCAGGCCUGUGCACCCUGCAGAAAAAUGAGAAAGCGCUGGCUACAGCAAUGUUUGAACGGGAGACAAAGCGGGAGAAGAUUCUGGAGGCUCGACACAGAGAGAUGCGUCUGAAAGAGCGCAGCCGCUCAGAGCAGAGCAAGGAGGAAGAAACCAAAAACGGAGAGGGAGAGGAGAGCACCGAGGACCUGGUGGCCCGUGCAGAGAAAGAGUUCUAUGAGAUGGUGGAGGAAGAAAUGAAGAAAAGUGGAAAAGAGGAGAAAAUAGAGAAGGAGGAAAACAAGGAGAAUGGUGAAGAGGAACUGUGAGAAGAAGAGUCACCACAACGUCGCUUCUUUUUCUUCAAAUCACAAUCAUGGAAAUAUAGAGAGAAACACAUUUUCACCAACAGCACUCACACAGCUUAUCUCUUACUUCAAAUAGUGCUGGAACUGCACAGCUAACACAGUGAUUCAUUUUUUAUCCAAGCAAAGGUUGAUUAAAGAAAAUGUAUAUCACACAUUAUGUUUUUGUUUUACAUUGUGAGAAAAUGCAUUCAAUCCAAUAGGUGAGUUUGUCAUUUGACAUUUCUGCAUAAAGUAAAAAAAAAUAAAAAUAAAAAAUAAACUACUGAUUGAGGUAAAAUUUGAAAACAAUUUUGACUCACUGUAGCACUGUGGGUUCAUUCAAUAUGCCUUCAUUAGCUUUCCCUUGCAUUUGUUUCCUAAUACAUUUUACAUUUACAAUUCACAUUAUAUUUAAAGUUACAUUUCACUGUUGCAUCUAGUGAUUUGACAAAUUGCAAUAUACAGUAAGCUAAUGAAAAUCUGGCUAUAUUUUAUUGAUAUAAGUGAUAUACAAUUUUUUUGUUAUAUUUGUUUUAAAAUGUCAGAAGUCUCACUAUAUGGCUAGAAAACAUACUGAUCUCUUGUUCCAAACGCCUUCCACUACUGAGUCCCGCUCCUUUGUAACAGCUGGCCAUUUUGAAAAUAAACCACACAAAUGCGGUCAUUGUGC